AUGGCUGACUACGACACCGGAACAGCUGACGACAUUCUUUCCAGCUUUUCAUCCGAGUCAUUCCAAUCGACACCGGACUAUACUCCAGUUUUCCUUUUUACUCCCGCUUUCGCCCAUUGGGCUGAUACGCAAGGCACAUUCCUUGAGCAAUGUCUGAAUCGGCUAUACCAGAAGACCUUAGACCAUUCCUCGCAGGAUCCCAUCCAUGCCAUCGGCGCCAUAAUCGAUCGCCUGCCGCACCAUACACGAGAGGGUAAUACAGCUGGCGAUACAACGGAAUUUGAGGGAGUGUCCAUCCUACUCGCCAGAGGAGAUAGUAUCCAGGCAAAAGCUGCUACAGCUCGUCAAAUCCGCUCGGCGGAAACUGAGGAAUCCACGUUGCUUUUCUCGUUCCGGGAGAACGUCAAUGGCCACGCCAUACGCCAGCACACUCACGACAUCGGACUUCGACUCGCAAACACUAUCUUCGUCAACGGCAGGGAGAACACACUCUUUGGGGGUCGUUGGGCUUACGAUUCUUCUUCAAGGAAACUCAAACUGGAGAAAUCUACUGACCUUUCUGCAUGCUCGGUAACAGUCGCGCAGAACAAUAUUCGCAGUACGCUCCAACUCCCGCUGUACCCUGUUGGCGAGCGCCGCAAGGUCAUAUCUAGCAUGGGAAACAUCCUCAGUCAAGUGGCAAAACAUGCCGACGUUAGAUCCGACGAACCGAUGCCUGCUUCUUCUGAAUUAGAAAAGGAACUACCACGGUACAUUGCGGAGAAUGACAUCGCCGACAGAAGAGUGUCCGUUUGGGCCUUGAUCGAAUCCACGGAGAGCAGCUCAUACACAAAAUCAAGCCAUUCGCAGAAUAGCAUUGCAGAAGCUAUACGAAAGGGCGCUAAACUUCACCAUGUCAUGAGUGGCGGAGGCGGUUGGGGCAAGAAACAAGGUCUUUUGUCACUGGAUCCGGAAACGAGCUUUGGAAAGUCGGGCAAGGAGAGUAUAAAACCUCUCCAUCAAGUCUUCUCAGAUAACGAGCAAGACUCCACAUACAGUUCCCCUGUCCCGGAACUGCCGAUGUUCAUGCAGGAUCUGUCAACCCUGUCGCAGACUGCAGAGCCAGGCGACUAUGUUCAGUUCUUUGCCUCCGUCGGGGAGCACGAGCUGCGCAGCAGCAACAGUAGCAGCAGCUCAUCCGCAGAAGAUAGCAUUUCGUGCUUCUUCGGCGUGAUGUCGGACGCUGAUGCGUUUUCGGGCCAAUCCUCGAACAGGAAGAACCUGACCGUUGUGCCCAACUACUUUGGUGCGUUGUCCGAAAAAGCCAUUACGUACCUGCAGCCUUUGGCUGCAUCCCAGUCAGAUGUGUCUGAAACUCGUACCAAGGUCGACGUUCCCGGAUCACGAGUGGUCCUGAUCCUUGACCCCGUCUACGCGCCGUUCUUCGGCUCCCUUGGCUGCACUUCCGCCAUCGUUUUUACCUGCUUCGGAGCUGCCUAUGGAACCGCCAAGGCAGGUGUCGGUGUCUGCUCCAUGGGUGUCCUCCGCCCCGACCUGAUCGUUAAGAACAUCGUCCCCGUCGUCAUGGCUGGUAUCAUUGGUAUCUACGGAUUGGUCGUGUCCGUCCUUAUCGCGAACAACCUUGGUCAAAAGGUUCCUCUCUACACAGCGCUUGUCCAGCUGGGAGCUGGUCUUGCGGUCGGUCUUGCCGGUUUGGCAGCUGGGUUCGCCAUCGGUAUUGUCGGAGACGCUGGUGUCCGCGGAACAGCCCAACAGCCAAGGCUUUACGUCGGAAUGAUUCUGAUUCUCAUUUUUGCUGAAGUUCUGGGUCUCUACGGUCUCAUUGUUGCCCUUCUCAUGAACUCCCGCGCCACCCUCGAGGCCAACUGCUAA